CCAAGCCACUCCCCCCAACCCCCAUCAUUCCUCAGCAGAACUACCUGAUGACACAGCGGAGCAAGUUCCUUGUAAACAAUCUAGGUUUCUAUUAAACGUAGAGGGGGACAGGUGACUUGCAAAGUGUUUGUGCGGCUCUUUUAAAUCUGAAGAUUAGGGUGAGUGGCUUCUGGGCCAGUGUCAUCUUUCCUUUCUCCCCUCACACUUUGAGAGCUGGACCACUGAAGGUGUACCUCAUGGGUUCAGAUGAGGCCUACAACUUUGUCUUUAAGGUGGUUCUCAUAGGUGAGUCCGGCGUUGGCAAGAGCAACCUGCUCUCCCGCUUCACCAAGAACGAGUUCAACCACGACAGCCGCACCACCAUCGGGGUGGAGUUCAGCACACGCACAAUUCAACUGAAAAGUCUCAUCAUCAAGGCUCAAAUCUGGGACACGGCUGGGCUGGAGCGGUACAGGGCCAUCACCUCUGCUUAUUAUAGAGGAGCUGUCGGAGCGCUACUGGUCUAUGACAUCACCAAGCAUCUGACCUAUGAGAGUGUGGAGCGCUGGCUUAAGGAGCUAUAUGACCAUGCAGACCCUCAUAUCGUAGUCAUGCUGGUGGGCAACAAAACUGAUCUGGGGUCAGAGCGGUCAGUGCCCACUGAGGAUGCCAAGGACUUUGCAGAAAAGAAUGGCCUAUUGUUCUUAGAGACAUCAGCCUUGGAGUCCACAAACGUUGAGACUGCAUUCCAAAAUGUCCUUGGAGAGAUUCACAGGAAGGUGAGCAGUAAAGAGGUGACCCGGGGGUCCAUUAGUGCCGUGUCUCUGGCCAGCCCCGUCCCCAGAGCUGCAGGCGACCCUGAAGAGAAGAAGCCCUGCUGUAGGAACCUCUGAUGGGACAAACCACCCAGUGAGGGGGUGGGGCAAAAAGGGGUGACUGUGGAGCAGUAUGGAGCUGCCUGCCCCACCCACCCCCUCACGUGGAAUAGAGCACUCCAUCGUCCUCUAGUUAGUGUGCCCAAAGGGUGCAAGCCUGAUUGAAAAGAAUGAUGCUGAGCAAGACCACUCUGAUGUGACAUAGUUACAUGUUGGCAGACAGAAUGAGUUCUCCAUUCGUAAAGAUGAUGUAAUGUGUAUGUACAUGGCUGGGGGUCAAUUUUUCCCCCCAAAGAAUCCAGCAAUCAUUUAAAUAUAAAAAUAUAUCAAACAAAAAUGUUGUGUAAACUUCUAAGAUUCAACGUUGCUUGGAAGGAUUAUUUUAUUUUAUUUUUUAAAGGUAGCCAACUGAUGUACAGAAUAUUUGCAUUUUUAGUGACUGAGGUUGGACAACAGGUGCCAAAACCAUGUUUAUCACUUUACACAAAGCUUGAUUAAUUAAAUUUGAUGUCACUGUU